AUGAUUAUCUUAUUAUUAGGACUGGCGUCAUUGGUGUCUAGCCAUGAUAAUAUUGAAUUUUCUUUAUUUGUCUCAACUUUCUAUGAUGAAUCUAAGCCUGCAGAUGUGCUAGAAAACAGCGAUGUCCAGCAAAAAUGGGUUGCAGUGUUUGAAGAUGAAGAAAUCGAUGCUUCUUCUUUUAAAAGAUUUUUUAUUUGGACAGAAGGUGAACAACGCAAUAUAACUGUUAAUGUGAAAUCACAUGAAAGCACUUUAAAGGUUUUUCUUUCUGAAGAUCCUCAGAGUAAUCUUGAAACACAGCAUGACAAAAUGGUUAUAUCUCUGUGCAAUCAUGGAGUAGAAACCUUUACAAUCAAUUUUCAGUGCCUCUCAGAUUCCACUAAUACAGUAGGAUUUGAAAUACUAGAUGGAGAAGAAACCUAUGACUUUGAAUUCGUGAAAAUCUGCAAAUCAGGUGUAAGGGAUGAUUUAAUGAUUUAUUUUGGAGAAGAGUUAGAUGAUGAAGACACUGUUGUAGAUGAAGGAACAGUUAAUGAAGAAUGGAGAGAUGGGAAAAAAGAAAUUGAUGGCAGAGAUGUAAUGUUUAGUCUUUAUAUUGACCUAGGGUCGCAGCUGCUACAAGAGAUAGAGAUAAAAACAGAGCUUAAAUACAAGUUGAGAGGGUCAGCAGUCAAUCUUCACUUUCUGAUGCCUGAACAGAAAAUCAUGAAUUUCUUAUUUUUAGAGCCAGGCUCUGGGCUUGUUGAAGUGAUUUUACAUAUAAAUCCAUACAACCCAGUGUCAUUUAAAUGAUACCAAAAUGUCCCACAAACAAGCAAAACCAACCCAAGCACAUUGGGUAUAGGAACUGCACCUAUAGUUAAUGAUAUCGUAUCAGAAGGAAAAGUCAACGACCAAUACGCGCCACUCUAUGUGGCAAGCAAUGUAUAUUGGACAACCUUUUAUAUAACCCACAAAACGCCUAUGAAAAUAGGAACUCCAAAGCUAACCACAAACCAGCAUAUUUUGCAGCCUGAAAUAAUUUAUAGCUCUAAAGAUAUUGGUCCAAAUCCAUCGCUUUUUGAGCUUCGAUAUAGAUGUAUAAAUGAAGGAAAAGCUGAGGUAAAAAUUACGAUCCCAGUGAAAGACUCUACUGUGGUCGAAUUCGAUGUCUUGAAAGUGUGCAAGAAACCAAAAAUAAAGAUCGAAAAGGAAUCAAGCAGUUUUUCUAUUUUUAUAAUCGGAGGGGCAUUCUCUGUAAUGGCGAUGAUUGCUUAUGUGCUAGUAACAAAGAAAAAACUAUUUAAGCUUCUGAUUAGCUAA